UUUUUUGGUUAGCAGCCAAGCUCUUGACCACUGUGCCACCAGGGCUCCCUGAGGAUAAUACAGAGAACAUUUUUAUCUGCAUUUGGCCUUAUUUUUAUAGAUGCACUAUUUUUGAUGGGUUAAUAUACUAAUGUACUAACAAAUUAUCACAUUACAGUCAUAUUACUUGACAACUCAGUUAUUUGUUCAGCUGUUCAUAAACUAGUAAGUGCUUAAAAUAUACUUUGGUGAUCAUAUCUUUUUAGGCUAAGAGAAAUACAAUAUCUUAGUGUUGCAUAAUUUUUAUAUUUUUCAGGUUUUUUUCCCCUUCUCAACUUGGAAAAGUAUUAAAAUAUAUGUUGUUUGAAACAGGGCUGUAAUAGGCAAAAUAAAGUAUGCAUUGUUAGGACUAGCAGAGUAUUAGCAGAGAAAACUGUGAAUAAGGCAGUCAUUUUAUUUGUUUAUAUGUCUGAGGUAAAAUGGAGAGAGGCAGUCCUGGGUUAUGAACGUCCUGACUUAGGGACAACUCUUUAAUAUUAUGUAAAUUUGCCCUCACUUUGCAAGGAGUGAAUCAACCCCUACUCAAAACAAAUACUUCAUCACAGUCUCCUUCACUUGCUGCACGUGCAGCUUUUAAAUCAUUGAAAAGGCUUUGAGCCUUUUCUUGCACUAAAAUAAGGCUAAGUAAGAACCAUGUGCACCUGUAACUGACUUACAAAUUCAGCUUAAAUACACAUUUAGGAACAGAUCUCGUUUGUAACCGGAGGACUGCCUGUAAUUUAUAUUUUGAGGUAAAAUGAAUAUUUCCAAUUUUAAAUUGAAUAAUUCUGAUUUUAGAAGCCUUCCCUCCAGAAGCAGAUGAGCAUUCUAUAAUUAGGAGUAGAAGUUAUAAAGACUGCUUUAUUCUAGUUUGAAUCUCUGUAUCUCAAAAUUUUAGGCAGUCACAGGAGAAAUUAUAAGCCCUGGGUAGCAAACUCUUUGUUCUUUGACCCACAUUUUAUAUGCUAAAAUUAAAGUAAUCUCCAGGAUAAGUUAAAGCAGAAAAAUGGGUCGUAAUGACAGUGCUUUCUCAACCUCUAGUGGGGCAUUGUUCCUAGCAGAGAUUGUUUUUAUGUUAAAGGUUACAUUGUAGAUUAUCAUAUUUUUUCUCUAAAUACACUUUUUAAAAUAUGUUCUUAGAUUCACACGUUUAAGUCUUACAUAAAACUACUCUUUUGCUAUCACCUCUAUUAUUCUGUUUUCUCUUCCUCUCCCUCUUCCCAGUAGGGUAUGAAUCAUUCACUUCACUUUACUCGUAUAAUUGGAAGUAGGAGCAAUGAAGAAUAGGUAGUUAUUGCAUAUGUGCUAAGACCUCCUGGGCUGAUUUUCAUGGUAUGAAAGCCAGGUGUAUCUGUUAUUCUGCCUCUACUCCAACCCCCAAUCCUCUUUCACAAGUUUUGCUAGCUACUGGGUGGAGAAGGAGCCCUGAUGGCGCAGUGGUUGAGAGCUACGGCUGCUAACCAAAAGGUCAGCAGUUUGAAUCCACCAGUUGCUCCUUGGAAACCCUAUGGGGCAGUUGUCCUCUGGCUUCCAGGGUCACUGUGAGUUGGAAAUCAUCUCAACAGCAACCAGUUUUUUUAGAUGGAGAAAGUCUGCGCAGACAUACUUGUUUACCGUCAUGCAUAUGUACAUCCUUCUUCCCUCACAGCAAUCAGAGAAAUUCUCAUACUCUUGUGUGCCAGGAAAAGGGAGUUGGAGCCACAAACCGUCCUUUUGAACGGCUGUGACUCCAAGUCGGGGUCCAAACCAUUACCUUGCCAAAUCUGUUCUCUAAAGACAAAAGAAAAGUAUUACAGGCUCUAAACUAAAUGGGGUGCUGAUGAGUGGCCUGCAUUUACCCCCGUUUUGUAUUACGUUGCUAUGAAUCGGAGUCGACUCAGUGGCAUUGGGUUUUAGUUUAGAGCCUGCAAUACUUUCCAACAAACAAAAGACCUUUUUAUAUGAUUACAAACUAAUGCGUUGACAUUAAAAGAAAUGUGUAAAAUAAAAGAAGCAUAUUGACCAAAAAAUCACUUGUAAUUCCACCACCUACUGUUACUGUAAUAAUUUGGUGAAUCUACUUCCAGUGUGUGCUUCUCAUAUACUGCUCCUCUCUCCCUCUCCCUCCUUCCCCUUCACUCUUUUACACACGCGCACACACAUACUCUCUUUGUUUUAAAAAAAUAUUAGGAGCAUGCUUUGCCUUUUGUUUGGUAACCUCCAUUUUUACUGUCUUGUGCACAUUGAUGUCUGUAAUACUGAGCUGUUACACCUGAGUUCAACAAUCAUCUCCUUUCAAAAACCCUAAUACUAUUUAAUUGCUCACAGCAACCCUACUGAUACUAUCUCCAUUUUACAAACUGGAGCACAUCUAGGUCAAGUAAUUUGCUCAGGACUACAUAGUCAGUGAGAGGUGGAGCCAGGAUUCAAACCUGGGGAGCUUGGUUUCAGAGUCCAUUCUUUUUAAUCAUAAUGCUGUUUUAUCAUUAAAAAAAAAAACAAAAACCUAUCUUUCAAAGAAACAGAUGGAACGAAGGUAGUAAGAAUACGUAGAAUAAACUUGUGUCAUUCAGAAGUACAGCUUGGGGAAAAUGUUGCAAUAGUAGGAGAUGUGUUGGAAGAAGAAAUCACAUUCCAGAACAAACACUCCAUAGUAAGGAUGGGUUUGCUUAUUUUAAGCAGAGAUUGGAAAUGCCUGACAGUAACAUAUCACAGACUGUUCAGUAUGGAAAGAUCUAUGGCUGCUUAACUCAAAUCCUCUCUGGAGGUUGCUGGGACCCUGGUCUGCCUUGAAUUCAGGUACUCAAAUAUAGCAAGUAUUCUGAGAUGACUUUUAAGGAACCUUUAGAAGGUGUCAUUGUAAGUUCCUAUUUACAUUUUUCUUAGUUCACGACAGAUUUUGAAAUACAAAUUCUUGGUUUAGCUUCAAAAUCACAAUAAGCUUUUCCCCUAGUAGAGUAUAAAUUUAAAUGUUUAAAAACACCUGCCACAAAUGUAUAAAACCACAGUUGAUCUCCAUUAGCAUUUUUCAUUAUAAUUUGUUUUGAUACUCUUCUGGAAUUACUGUCCAGUUCUUCCUGCGUGUUUGUGUUUGUAUAUAUAGUAAAUAGAUAUAUAGAUGUAGAUAUAUACAUCUAUAGGUAGAUAUGACAGAAAAAUGAAUUUUGGAUUUCUUUCCAUUCAGCAGUUAAGUAGAAUGGGGAAAAAAAAAAGAUUCGUUUUUCUGACUAGGAUGAAACGUGGAGGAAGAGAUACUGACCAAAAUUCAUCAGAAGAAGGUACUGCAGAGAAAUUCAAGAAACUGAGGACUACAAAUGCACAUUCUCAGACUUGUGAUUGGGGUAAUCUCCUUCAGGACAUUAUUCUUCAAGUAUUUAAGUACUUGCCUCUUCUUGAUCGGGCUCAUGCCUCACAAGUUUGCCGAAACUGGAACCAGGUAUUUCAUAUGCCUGACUUGUGGAGAUGUUUUGAGUUUGAACUGAAUCAGCCAGCUACAUCUUAUUUGAAAGCUACACAUCCAGAGCUGAUCAAACAGAUUAUUAAAAGACAUUCAAACCAUCUACAGUAUGUCAGCUUCAAGGUGGAUAGCAGCAAAGAAUCAGCUGAAGCAGCUUGUGAUAUAUUAUCGCAACUUGUAAAUUGCUCUUUAAAAACACUUGGACUUAUUUCAACUGCUCGGCCAAGUUUUAUGGAUUUACCAAAGAUAGACGAUACCCCAGUAGAUGAUCCAUCCCUCAAAGUACUAGUCGCCAACAACAGUGAUACGCUUAAGCUGCUAAAAAUGAGCAGCUGUCCUCAUGUCUCUCCAGCAGGUAUCCUCUGUGUGGCUGAUCAGUGUCAUGGCUUACGCGAACUGGCCCUAAACUACCACUUACUGAGUGAUGAGUUGCUACUUGCUUUGUCUUCUGAAAAACACGUUCGUUUAGAACAUUUGCGCAUUGAUGUAGUCAGUGAGAAUCCUGGACAGACACACUUCCAUACUAUUCAGAAGAGCAGCUGGGAUGCUUUCAUCAGACAUUCACCCAAAGUGAACUUAGUGAUGUAUUUUUUUUUAUAUGAAGAGGAAUUUGACCCAUUCUUUCGUUAUGAAACACCUGCCACUCAUCUUUACUUUGGGAGAUCAGUAAGCAAAGAUGUGCUUGGCCGUGUGGGAAUGACGUGCCCUAGACUAGUUGAACUAGUAGUGUGUGCUAAUGGAUUACGACCACUUGAUGAAGAAUUAAUUCGCAUUGCAGAACGUUGCAAAAAUUUAUCAGCUAUUGGACUAGGGGAAUGUGAAGUCUCAUGCAGUGCCUUUGUUGAGUUUGUGAAGAUGUGUGGUGGCCGUCUGUCUCAAUUAUCUAUUAUGGAAGAAGUAUUAAUUCCUGACCAAAAGUACAGUUUGGAGCAGAUUCAUUGGGAAGUAUCCAAGUAUCUUGGUAGGGUAUGGUUUCCAGACAUGAUGCCCACUUGGUAAAGACCACAUGAUGUAAGGCAUGAUGAACAGCACCUUAACUUUAAGCAUCUUGUAUUAUAAUGUAAGUUUAAUUACUGUAGUUCUGAUGUAAUUGUUUUGUGGCACAGAAAUUUGAAAUUUGCAGUGAGUAUAUAUGGAUUGUUAAUGGUUUUGGUCAGGAAAAUCUAUGUUUUCUUUAGCCUAAUAGCAAUCAAGUUUCAGAAAAUCAAAAAGUGUUCAGGUGUGAAAAUAAUGAUAAAAAGAUUAAGCAUUGUGAAGUCUGAAGGAAACAAAACCUAUAUAUUAAAAUAUCCAAGAAGUGAGUAUGAAUAGGUUUUCCAAAAUGUUGUGUUCUCUAUGCAUUUUUUAAAAUGUAAACUUGACAUUUUAGGGUCUUCAGUUAUACAUACACCUGUUAUAAGGUGUUUAAUAUAGCUCAGGAAAGUGAGCAUUUUGGGAGAAAAAUGUAAGAUAAUUGUAGCUAAUGAAAAACAAUUGGUUGAAUGUUCUCAAAUGUUACAAAACUGUUUAAGGAAAAAGAGGUAUAUAUAAGUAAUUGAACACAGAGAAAACUGAUAAAUGUCAUGCAGUGGUUAUUAUAUGAAGAUAGAUACAGAGCCAAGAUCAAAUUAAACACACUAGAAGGGGGGAAGUUUAGCUUUGUAUAAACCUUUAAGUUUGCUCUGUAAUCUUCUAAAUCAUAUAAAUUCUUUUCUGUGAUAUAUCACCAUGUAUGUGGCACUUAAGGCAUUUGUAUUUAAAGUAAGGAAUGCUUUUUCACUCUCCUUGAUUUUAUCUUUGUUUAAACUAUGCUUUGAAGUCAUUACACAACAAUCAAAAUGAAAAGCUUAUCUGUUUUAAAAAAGCCAAAUUGAAAUAAAUGUUUUACAAAUUGUUUCUAUGAAAGAAUAUUAGUCUCCAGUGAAUUUUAGUGAUGGCUCAUUAGAAUUUUUAUCAUAAAAGGAGCAUCAAUGUAUAGUUCACCAUAAACAACAGUAAAUUUAAAAGAUGUUUAAAUUCAUAAACAUUUUUGAGUAAAUAUUGCUCAGUGGACUGGAAAAUUUUUAAUAGAAAAAUGUCUUAAAUUCAGUGAUUAAUUUGGUUAAACUGUUAUUUAAGUUAGUAGCAUUUUAUAUUUCAUAUGAAUAAAAGAUAACCCAUGCAUUGUAGAAUCUGAGUCUGUAAAAAUACUGAGUUUGGGGCUACACUUAGUUUUUUCAGGUAUUAUUAUAAGCUUUGAUUCUGGGUAGUGCAAGUAGAUACUAAAUUACCCUCCCAAGGGAAAUUAGAAGUGAUUUAUCCCCAGUGGAAUAUAUUAAUGCUUGAAACAGCUCUCUUCAGUAGUGUAACUUUUAGGAAGCAUCUUGGCAGUUACGGAAGCUAACAGUCUUACCGAUCUAUCCUAGAGAUCCUAUCCUGUAGUUAUAUGUAAAUGAAAAUGAAAAAAAAAAAAAA